AUUUUUGUUAACAUGUUCUCAGGAAUACAAAGGCAACUUGUGUUAUUGAAGUUAGUUAUGAUAUUUGCUAUAAUAUUUAUGUCAUUUAUACUAUUACUGAGUUUGCUGUGCAACUCGUGUUUACACACAAGCAAAUAUAUACAGACUGCAAGUUACAUUAGUAAUGAAUAUUAUAAGCAUAAUAAUCCAUUGAACAAUAAGUCUGGUACAACCGCGUUUUCAAUAGAAGAAAUGGAAAACAUAAGAAUACAAUUGAAUACUAGAAAAAGUGAAUUAGAACAAUACUGUCAAGUCAUUGCCAGAACAGGUUCAAACUUAGAUAAUGUAUUAUCAAACAUGAUUAUUGAUACAACACAUGAAAUAUCGUGGUGUCCUAUAUAUAAAGCAGCAAGUUCUACUUGGAUGAAGCAAUUUGCAACACUUGGAGGUGUUUUAACAGAAUCAGCUAUGGAACUGAUUCGCAAAAACAUUUUGCAGAUUAACACCAUUGUUAGAAAAGCAUUCCCACGUGAUCGAGACAUUAAAAAAGCAUUCCAAAAGUUAAAUAGAACAAAAAAAUUUCUGAUUGUGCGUCAUCCGUUUGAACGUCUUGUAUCAGCAUACAGGGACAAAUUAGAACAUAUAGAAGGGAGAGAUUAUUAUUAUAAAAGAUUUGGACGUCAUAUUGCGCACAAAUAUCACCGAUUUAGAAAAUUAAAUGAAACAAAACUGGAACCUACAUUUACAGAAUUCCUUCGAUUCAUAGUAGAAGAAAAAUACUUUGACGAACAUUGGGCACCAUUUAUUGAUACUUGUGAACCCUGUUUAAUUAAAUACAAUUACAUUUUAAAAUUUGAUACGUUUGAUAGAGAUCAAAAGUUCCUAAUACAAGAAUUAGGUUUAAAUGAAUAUCUGUAUGAAAAAAAUGAUUUGAAAAAUAUAAAUCCACGUGGAGUCACAACUACUGCUUUAGUUAAAGAAUAUAUGCAAAAUGUUCCUAGGUCAUUGCUUGAUAAAAUUAACAAAGUUUAUGAAAAUGAUUUUAAACUUUUCUCCUAUUUACCCAUAUAA